GGGAAAGGGGGAAUAUGGCCAAGUCGAGAGGAAGCUGUCUGUUUGAUGCGGAGUGAAGGAUGAGCGAACUGCACUUUAAAAGGGCAAAUAAUUGCCCGGCAAGGAAAGGUCUCACUGGGACCAACUGACCCAGAACCUUUGGUGGUUUUGGGAAGGGAGGGAGGGAGGAACUGAUCCAGCCAUGACAUCUUGAUGCAAACUUGCACGCGGUGGCAUCCUUUGUGCAAUGAAAUCAUCCCAAUGACAUCAUGUUGUUGGCAUUGUUGUGGCUUCCUCUUGUGUGCUUAUUGUCAGGAACCUCGGUUUGUUUUCGAAGGAGCAGCUGCGUCUUGCCAUCCUGAUCUGUAGGGACGCUGAUGGCUGGCUGGGUUUGGGCAAGCGGGCUCAGCCUCCCAUGAGUAUCAAUCAACGGGGGCAACGCGUUGUCUGACCGAAAUCCGCAAUGAAAGAAGCGACGCUUGCCGCUGACCGACCCCCCCGGUCCCCCUUUUGCGCAGGCUCAGCCUCUCCCUCCCUCCACCAUCCCCGGAGAAGCAUGCCCACCGGAAGUGCAGCUGCAGCCACUAAGACAAGGUGGCUGCGCUCGAGGCUGAACUGGGGCUCCCCGCGCGCGAGAGCUGCCGGGGCGUGCUCGCCCUUCGCCGGGCUGCCGUCCGGGAAGACCGCGGCCAGCAGCGGGAGGAAGAAGAGGAGGAGGAGGAGGCGACGGCGAGCCCAGCCUUUCCACGGAAUCCGUCCCGGCCAAGAACGAGGCAGAAGGUACCGACCAGAGGAAGGCGCAAUGCUGGAGGAGCGGCUGCUGCUGCUGCAACCGCGCGCCCCGGUCCGGAGAAGGGAGACGCGCGGGAGUCGCUCCUCUUCCUGCAGCCUUGCCGGCCCUCUCUCGUCUUCCCGGGGGCCGUUUUAAAGUUUCGGGAUGGCCGCCCCUCGGAUUAAGCGGGAGUCACGCGUUCCAGCCGGGCUGCCGAGGAGAAGGGGAAACCCGGGGCGCGGCGGGUGCCGGAGAAGGCGGCUCCGCUGAAGCCAGCCUACCAUGCCGGAAUGGGGGCGCCGGGCUUGCGCACAGCCUGAGCUCGCCGCUGCUGGGCGGGAGGACGGCGCUGCGGUUUGGGAGCGAGGCCGAGGAGGGGAAAAGCGAGACGGGAAGGGGGCGGGGGUGGGGAUGUCGCUGAGGGGAACAUGGGUGCCUGCAAUGGGGGCUCCAGAGUGGGAGCCUGUCUUCUGGGCGGGAGAAGCCUGAAGAGGAGCCCGACAAGGCGAGACGGCGGCGGCCGUUGAAGAAGAAGCUGCCUCGUCCCCGCCCCUGCCGGAGCUGUGCUUGAGCGUCGGGAGAGAAGGGGGAUUGUCGCCGGCCCUGCUAGAUGGCGAACUCCAGCGAGCUGGGAAGCAGCAGCAGCAGCCCCCACCUGCCCAACCCCGGCAGCCUCCUGGGCGCCUCUGGCCUGAAGCUGGCCUCCCUGGGCUUGAUCCUUUGCCUCAGCUUUGCUGGCAACCUGCUCUUUGCUUGGCUCAUCCUCAAGGACCGCCAGUUGCACCGGGCCCCUUACUACUUGCUCCUGGACCUGUGCCUGGCGGAUGGCUUGCGCUCCCUGGCCUGCUUCCCCUUCGUCAUGCUUUCGGUGCACAGCGGGGCAGGCUUCUGGCCCCACGGGCUGCUCAGCUGCAAAGUGCUGGCUUUCCUAUCGGUGCUCUUCUGCUUCCACGCCGCCUUUCUGCUCUUCUGCGUGGGGGUGACGCGCUACAUGGCCAUUGCCCAUCACCGCUUCUAUGCUAAGCGCAUGACCGGCUGGACCUGUUUGGCCGUGGUGUUCAUGGUGUGGACGCUCUCCAUGGCCAUGGCCUUCCCCCCUGUCUUUGACGUCGGCACUUACAAGUUCAUCCGUGAGGAGGAGCAGUGCAUCUUUGAGCACCGUUACGUCAAGGCCAAUGACACCCUGGGUUUCAUGCUCAUGCUUGCCACGGUCAUGGCGGCCACCCACCUGGUUUACGGCAAGCUCCUCUUCUUCAUUCACAGCCACCGCAAAAUGAAGCCGGCCCAGUUGGUGCCGGCCAUUAGCCAGAAUUGGACUUUCCAUGGGCCUGGAGCUACUGGUCAGGCAGCUGCUAACUGGACGGCUGGCUUUGGCCGGGGUCCUACCCCUCCUACCUUGGUGGGCAUCCGACAAAAUACUACUCAUAGCCAGAUCAAGAGACUGCUGGUCUUAGAGGAGUUCAAAACGGAGAAGAGGAUUUGCAAGAUGUUUUACAUGAUCACCCUCCUAUUCUUGCUUCUCUGGUCUCCCUACAUUGUGACUUGUUACUUACGUGUCUUCAUCAAAGCCAGCACAAUCCCCCAGAUUUAUUUGACCAUCUCAGUCUGGAUGACCUUUGCCCAGGCAGGAGUCAACCCCAUCCUUUGUUUCAUUUUCAACAAGGAGCUUAGAGUCUGUUUCAGAUCUCACUUCUUUUGCUGCCAAAGCAUCCAGAACACUCAAGGCACAAUUCUGUGUGAUCUGAAGAACUUGAGGAUAUAAUUCAUUUUCUUUCCUUAAGGAAAAAAAAAGUUAAAAAUGUCUAUGCUUAUUCUGGCAUGUGCACUUGCUAAUGAUUAUCUAAGCAAACCCCUUGGUCUCGCCAAACCAAUAGUUUAAAAUAGGGUAUUUAUAUUCAGAUUUGAUCUGAGAGGGGUUGGGGAAUCUUUUAUGUGUCUCUGGAGAGUAGGAAAACAAAAAAAACAAGACAAAGUCCAUUUUUCCCCCACUCUGUUCUGAAUUUCUAUAGAUAAUUCUGACAUGGAUUAAAGGCCAUAAUUUUGUGUUAAUUUUUCUCCCAAUCUCUCCAGUUUUGAUAAAGGUUUAGCAAUUUUAUUCCUUAAGUAAAAUUUGAUAAAAGGUCAAGACAAAAUUUUGUAGUAAAGUUAUUUUUUGAUGACUUCAGAAUCUUGUAUUGUAAUAUUUGUCUUUCAAGAGCAGUGGAGAUGGAGAAACUGAAUCUAGAAGUCACUUCUUUGUAGGGAGACUUGGGGCUAAUUUUGUUUCAGUACUUAAAGGUAACCUCCUGGCCUUGCCUGAAAUAUGGAAACUGUCUUAUCCUGAUUAUACUAGAAUCAUUAGGUCAUUUCCUGUAACCUAAUGAACAUUGUGUCACCUGAUCUGAUGUAGAACUACUUUAAAUUUUCUUGUUGUACUGUUUCUUUGAUAGUGUUUCAGAAACUUAAUGAAAAAUGGUAAUUUUAAAAAAGAAAAAAUGAUCAACUUUUAAAACUGUAUCAGGUUUUUAAAUUAUACUGCCUUUCAUACUUUAUUGGCUUUAUAAGUUCCUAUCUACAAACUGGAUAACACUUGUAUGUUUCAACUGUUUUAAUAAAACACUCUCCAGUUUUUGUACACACAUGAA